AUCAUCGCUAUGUUUCGCUUCAAUUUCGUUCCCAUUUGUGGGCUUUUGAUUAUCGUUCUUGUAUCUGAUGGUGGUCAGUGUUUGUUCCUUAAUCCAUACCAAAAGAUUUGGCAGCACCCGACAGUGCAUGGUAGUGCUUGGCAAGCGACAUCGAGCGAGCAAAGCGAUCAUGGAUUACCACUGUUCCUUACGCCAUACAUCGAGGCAGGAAACAUAACGGAGGGUCAGCAGGCUGCUCGAGUGCAGCACACGCGCAUCCGAGGAUUCGAAUCAUAUGCUGGCUUCCUCACCGUCGACAAGCGAUAUAACUCCAAUCUCUACUUUUGGUUCUUCCCGGCGAAAACGAACGCAACCACAGCCCCACUGCUGCUCUGGCUACAAGGCGGUCCGGGUGCAUCGUCACUGUUUGGGCUAUUUGCGGAAAAUGGACCGUUCCGUAUAAACAAGGAGCUGGUGGCCGUCCCGCGGAAUCAUUCUUGGUACGAAAACCACAAUCUACUGUACAUCGACAAUCCCGUCGGGACGGGAUUUAGCUUCACGGAGCAGGAAUCCGGUUACGCCCGGAAUCAGGUACAGAUUGGUGAGGAGCUGUACACGGCGAUAGUGCAGUUUCUGCAACUGUUUCCUCACCUCCAAAGCGUGCCGUUCUACAUCACAGGCGAGUCGUACGCUGGCAAGUACGUUCCCGCGCUCGGUUAUACGAUCCACCGGAAAAAUACAGAUCCUGCCACACCGCCCGAAGGGCACAUCAAUCUGGCCGGCAUGGCGAUCGGGAAUGGGUUCAGCGAUCCCAUUAAUCAACUCAACUACGGUGACUAUCUCUACCAGCUGGGACUGAUCGAUGCCAAUGCGCUGGAGCGCUUUGAGCAGGAUGAGCAAACCGUCGCCGACUGCAUAGCCAAGGGUAACUAUCAGUGUGCCUUCGACGUGAUGGAUGCGCUACUCGAUGGUGACGCUAAUGGUGGCCAGUCGUUCUUUCGCAAUGUGAGCGGGUUCGAGAUGUACUACAACUAUCUGCAUCCAGUAGCCACUGCAGACGAAGUGUUCGAACAGUUUAAUCUGGUUUCUUUCCUCAAUCUCGACGAAACCCGUCCAGCUCUGCAUGUCGGCGAUCUGCCAUUCCAUGAUCUGGAUACGGACAACAAGGUAGCGCGCCACCUAGAGGAUGACGUAUUUCAAAGUGUCGCACCAUGGAUUUCAGAGUUGCUUGAAAACGGUUAUCGCAUACUGUUCUACAACGGCCAGUUGGAUAUUAUCUGCGCUUAUCCGAUGAUGGUGAACUACCUGCAGAUGCUACAGUUCAAUGGUGCACACUAUUAUCGCCAGGUGCCGAGAGGCAUCCUUACGAUCGAUGGAGAAACCGCUGGUUAUUUUAAGCUAGCCUAUGCGCUGACCGAAGUCCUUGUGCGCGAUGCCGGUCAUAUGGUGCCGCGUGAUCAGCCCAAGUGGGCUCAUCGCAUAAUAACCGCCUUUACUCAUCCGGUGCACGGAAAACAUAUCUUCGAAUCCGGUUUGUAAUGUUUGUAUUGGCCAAUAAAAGAACUUGUAGUGGUGGGUCUCAAAUGCA